AUGUCCCGCAGCUCAGUGUCUGCAGUGGACACAGUCACUGUCAGUGUGGCGCGGGGGCAGCCAGUGCCGCCCACGACACCCAGGUGUGUCCCGAACAGUAGUCGGUGCACAGAGAAGACGGCAUUGAGGGCCCUGGGAGAGAGCGGGAAAGGGAUGGCCAAGCAGGAGGAAGUCCCCACAGUCACCGGGAGGAAUGACGACCGGAGAAGCGGCCCCGAUGGCACCGGGGGCACACGAUCUGCAUUUAGGCCCCUGGGGGUCUCUUUCUUCGUGCCCAGGCCUGGACCUCUGCAGAUACACCUCGACGCCAAGAGCGCAGAAGACAGCUACAAGAGGAAACUCCAGACCUCUUUUAUGAGCUCCUGCCGCCAAAGAAACGCCAUCACGAGCUCAUAUAGCUCCACCCGAGGUUUCCCGCCAGUGCAGAGAAGGAGGGGUCCCGCCAUACCGCAAGGGCUGCCCCAGAAGUCCUCAAAGAAAGGGAGCGAGGAGGGCCGUCCAUCGCCCUCUGCAGCUCCGGUGGUUUCCCAGAGCAAAAGCCAGCCUGACAAGGGUGCAGAGGCAACAAGAGGGCAGAAACGGACCCGGAGGAACUGCUCACCCACAUCUGACAGUCCCAGGCCCCGAAAACGCAGGAUUCCUCUGCUGCCGCACAGGCGAGGGGAGCCUCUGAGGCUGCCCUCACCCCCUGAGCUGGGUUUCCGGGUCACCGCUGAACACCUAGACGCGGAGAAGGAAGCAGCGCUCCGGCGCAUCAACAGGGCUGCUUCUCCGCCAGCCGUCCCUCCAGACCCCAGCAGGGAUCCACCGCUGGAGAGAUGCGGUAGGAAGCAGGACUCCCCAGCCCCAGUGGACAUCCCGGCAUCCGCCGGAGGGGCCUCCUCUGUGCAUCCCUUGUCUGGGAGGCAGCACAACUCACCCGGCCGCCUCUUCUACCUGCCACAGCCUCUUCCAGGCACCUCUUCACACUCAUGGCCCUCAGCCCCUCUCACCUUGCUGACCCCCGCUUCCCCCCCAGUAUCAGGCAGGGCUGGCCUGUGUGCUAGGCCCCCAGACCCCUCCGCCCCUACUCCCUCCCCCGUGCCAAGCAUGGCCGGUGUGAUCAGAAGCCUGGCUCCUGACUGGCCCGCUCCUGCCGCUGCUGCGGCUUCCCUUCCCUGCUUCAAGUUGAAGCUCAUCUCGGGGCCUCCUACAAAUGGGGCAGGAGGAGGCCCUUUACAGCCCAAGGCAUCCGUCACAGCUGCCGUGGAUGCUAGACCUGCCUUCUGUGCAGCUCCCAGCACCUCCCGAAUGGAGUCCCGCACACCCGUGUGCGUGGGGUCUCCUGUCUUCACCCCACAGAGCCUCCCUCCCGUCACCAACCCUACUGCCCCGCCCCCCCCAGCCUGCCCAUUACGUGCCGCUUCUGACCCUGAGGUCACCCCCAUGGACACCACUCCACCCUCCCAGCCUCUCCUCUUGGGGUCCGCCCCUGGCUCCAAUGGGAACCUCUUCUUGUCUACCCAGGCCCUGCAGACGCCCCCCAGUUACAGCACAUCCUCAGUCACAGUCACCACCGGCCUGCCUGCACUCAGGUUCUGCGGCCCCGCCCAGACUCUGAGAUUUCCUCUUCAGCCUGGAGCCACUACCCAGCCCAUCUCUGGGGCCCCUGAUGGGCAGCAGCGAGGAACCACCGCCUGUGGCAGCUCUCCCCAGCAUAGAAAACGGACAGCUCCAGCCUUAGCCUCUGCUCCGGGCCCCCCAGCUUCGGGAAGCCCCACACAAGCAUCUUCUGGGAGCUCAUCAUCCACAAAUUCCACCGUGGGCACCCAUGCCAGCACCCAGCUGGGUUUUGGGAGCGGAGCGGCUGCCCUAGAUCUGAGCUGCAUCUUUGCAGCUCUCAGCAUCACAGCAGGAACCAGGGGGCCCCCGAGCACCACACACAGCAAUGGGGAAAGCGUGGGCCUGAACUCCUGGGGCCCUCCUCACCAGAGCACCCCCAUGGUGACCACGGGACCCAGCACUAAGAAUAAGCCUGGGUUUGGAGGCACUACUGCCCCCAGCUUAAGUCACAUCUCUGGGGGCGCGCCCAGGCAGGACUCCCCUACUUCCAGCGGAGGGCCCAGCCCAUGCCAGCCAAGGCUGCCUUUAGGGGCAUGUCGGUUCCGGCCUCUACUCCUAGUAGCCCCGCCUCCACGAUGGGCACAGCAAGGUGCAGCCUUCCUGUUAGGGCCCCCUCAUCACCUGCCCAGGGGACAUAAAACCAUUGGGCCAUCGACCAAUUCAUUUUCCUCCAGGUCGGGAUUCAUUACCCUGGGGUGUAAGAGGAGAAAGUUGGCCUGA